GUACAACGUCAGCUGCAGCCAUCAGUUCCGACUGCAGAGAAAGAAGAUGAAGGAAUUCCAGGAAGCUAAUUAUGCUCGUGUACGCCGACGGGGACCACGGCGCAGCAGCUCUGAAAUCGCUCGAACAAAGAUCCAGGGCAAGCGCCACAGGGGCCAGGAAGACUCAAGUCGAGGCUCCGAUAACUCCAGCUACGAUGAAGCUUUGUCCCCUACAUCUCCAGGACCCCUGUCAGUACGGGCCAGUCAUGGAGAGAGGGACCUGGCAAACUCUAGUAUGGCCCCACCUACCCCAGAUCUACACGGCAUCAACCCAGUCUUCCUGUCCAGCAAUCCCAGUCGCUGGAGUGUGGAGGAAGUGUACGAGUUCAUUGCAUCGCUGCAAGGGUGCCAGGAGAUUGCUGAGGAGUUCCGAUCCCAGGAAAUUGAUGGCCAGGCCUUGUUGCUUCUGAAGGAGGAACACCUCAUGAGUGCCAUGAACAUCAAGCUGGGACCAGCUCUCAAGAUCUGUGCCAAGAUCAAUGUCCUCAAGGAGACCUAACAGCUCUGAAGCCAGAGGUCUCACUUUUGCUCUGACCCCCCUGCCAGGGCAGCUGCCAGCUUUGGAGCAUCCUGCUGGGGUGGGGAAGAAUGGGACAGUCCCCUGUGGUCUUAUAUUCAAGAAGAAUGAGAAGGAAUUGAACUGAUUGAAACUGCCACGCACAAGCCCACAUCUUGG